CAUUUUAUCAGAUUCCGGUUCUGUACCCUGCCGCACAUACCUUUAGCGGCGGCGCAACCCCGACCAGCGAACUGCACAAAACAUCUAAUUCAAGAAAACAAGAGAAAUGUCUUCUCUAACUCUCAUCCCCUCUCCUCCUCACCACAACCUCAGCUCCCAUGCCCACCUCCAUCGCUACCCCCACCCUCCCAUGGCUAUCAUACGCCACCUAAACCUGCCCCACCUGAAUCUCCGCCAUCACCGUCGUCGCUAUCUCUCAGUCGCUGCCGCUCUCCGUCAAGACACCAGCGUCUGGACUCAAGCACCUCUCUCUGAGGUUCAACCCGCCGCUGAAGAGCUCUUCCACGUCAGCAUCGACGUCUCCGAUUCACCGGAUCUCGUUGCCUCCCAUACACGCCCCGGCCAGUACUUGCAGCUCCGGCUGCCCGACGCUGAGAAGCCUGCCUUCCUUGCCAUUGCCUCUUCGCCUUCUGUCUCUGCGUCGAAAGGCCAAUUUGAGUUUCUCGUCAAGAGUGUCGCGGGCUCUACGGCUGAGCUUCUCUGUGGGCUACGGAGAGGCGAUGUGGUUGAGUUGAGCCAAGUUAUGGGCAGAGGUUUCGAUAUCGGUCAGAUCUCGCCGCCUGAGGAAUACCCUACCGUUCUUAUUUUCGCCACUGGUUCGGGAAUUAGUCCAAUUCGAUCUGUCAUUGAGUCAGGCUUCAGUGCCAGAAAGAGAUCAGAUGUGAGGCUUUAUUAUGGAGCUAGAAAUCUUCGAAGAAUGGCGUAUCAGGAUAGGUUCAAGGAAUGGGAAUCUUCUGGUGUUAAGGUUGUGCCUGUAUUUUCACAACCAGAUGAUAGAUGGGAGGGUGAACAUGGCUAUGUACAGGUGGCUGCUUUUGCUAGAGCCAAACAAACGUACAAUCCUUUAUCCACUGGUGCACUUCUCUGUGGGCAAAAACAAAUGGCUGAGGAAGUUACGUCUCUUCUUGUGGCUAAUGGGGUCUCAAUGGAGAAAAUAUUGAAGAACUUCUGACAUAUGUUUCAAGACACUUGUGUUGUAUCAUAGUAGAAAAACGAUUAAGAUCCAUUCUUUACUCCAAAAUGCUGAGCUUAUUCUAUAUUGCGGGUAUACAUAAUGGUACACGAUGUUACAUCUUCAACCCAGAUGGCUGCAAUAACUCCAGCUGCCAAAUCAUACCCUUUGAUUCAUAUUAUUGUUGAACAGAUCACAGAAGUGACUGGAACA